ACUGCAAGAGCCACUGCCAUGGACAGACUGUUGUGGGGUGCCUGUGUGCUCUGCUUGAUGAACCUGUUGGGAGCUGCAGUGGGAUACCUGUACUCAGAAUGUGACUUCAUCACUCAGCUCAGAGAAGAUGAGCUUGAGUGUCUACAGGUGGCAGAGGGGACCACUAACACUUCCCUGGGCUGUCCCGGGACCUGGGAUGGGCUGUUGUGUUGGCCUCCAACAGGGUCUGGCCAGUGGGUCACCCUCCCCUGCCCAGACUUCUUCUCUCACUUCAGCUCAGAGCCAGGGGCUGUGAAGAGGGAUUGCACCAUCACUGGCUGGUCUGAUCCCUUCCCACCGUAUCCUGUGGCCUGCCCUGUGCCUUUGGAGCUGCUAAUGGAGGAGAAAUCGUACUUCUCCACCAUGAAGAUCAUCUAUACCACAGGCCACAGCAUCUCUAUUGUGGCCCUCUGCAUGGCCAUUGUCAUCCUGGUCGUUCUCAGGAGGCUCCACUGCCCUCGGAACUACAUCCACAUGCAGCUGUUUGCCACCUUCAUCCUCAAGGCCAGUGCUGUGUUCCUGAAGGAUGCCACCCUCUUCCAGGGGGACAGCAUGGACCACUGCACUUUUUCCACUGUCCUGUGCAAGAUCUCUGUGGCCACCUCCCAUUUUGCCACCAUGACCAACUUCAGCUGGCUGCUGGCCGAAGCUGUCUACCUGAGCUGUCUCUUGGCCUCCACAUCCCCCAGGUCCAGGCCAGCUUUCUGGUGGCUGGUUCUUGCUGGCUGGGGGCUCCCUGUGCUAUGCACAGGUACUUGGGUGGGCUGCAAACUGGCCUUCGAGAACACUGCGUGCUGGGACCUAGAUGACAGCUCCCCAUACUGGUGGAUCAUCAAAGGGCCCAUCAUUCUCUCCGUUGGGGUGAACUUCGGGCUGUUUCUCAAUAUAAUCUGCAUCCUGCUGAGGAAACUGGAGCCUACACAGGGCGGACUCUACACACGGGCUCAGUACUGGCGUCUCUCCAAGUCAACACUUCUCCUCAUCCCACUUUUUGGGAUUCACUACAUCAUCUUCAAUUUCCUGCCUGACAGUGCUGGCCUGGGCAUCCGCUUCCCCCUGGAGUUAGGACUGGGCUCUUUCCAGGGCUUCAUCGUUGCUGUCCUCUACUGCUUCCUCAACCAAGAGGUGAGGACGGAGAUUUCCCGGAAGUGGUAUGGCCAUGAUCCUAAACUUCUCCCUGCCCGGCGGACCUGUGCUGAGUGGACCACGCCUCCCAGGUCCGGGGUGAAGGUGCUGACUUCUGAGUGCUAGGCCAGCCACAUCGCACAUCAAGGGC